GUUCUAGAAAUUUAUAUAAAUCGAGGUGGCUCCUAACCUCAACGUUUAAUCCUCGCCUAUUUGAAGUAAAGUGCGGUGUUCAAAAUGUCUCAGGUUCCACUUAUAACAUUCAACAAUGGAAAAACCAUCCCUAUUUUUGGGUUGGGAACGUGGAAGUCCAAGCCUGGUGAGGUCGGUCAAGCCGUGAAAGACGCCAUCGAUGCCGGCUACCGUCACAUCGAUUGCGCCCACGUCUACGGAAACGAAAAAGAAAUCGGCGAAGCCCUCAAAGAAAAAUUCGCCGAAGGAAAAGUGAAGCGCGAAGACAUCUUCAUCACCAGCAAACUGUGGUGCACCCACCACAGGCCCGGCGCAGUAGAGGAGGCCCUCAAAAACACCUUGCAGGACUUGGGCUUGAAAUAUUUGGAUUUGUACCUGAUCCAUUGGCCCUUUGCUUUUAAGGAAGGUUCUGAACCUUUCCCAAGCGGUGACGACAAGUUCGCCGAUUACGAUUACGUAGAUACCUGGAAAGCUAUGGAGGAAGUCCAGAAAAAAGGACUCACUAUGUCCAUUGGAAUCUCGAAUUUUAACAAGAGACAAAUCGAGCGCGUCCUCCAAAACUGCACGAUCGUACCUCAAACAAACCAGAUUGAAGUCCACCCAUACUUGAUCCAAACAAAGAUAAUCGAGUUUUGCAAAUCAAAGGGCAUCACCAUCACCGCAUACAGCCCCUUAGGGUCUCCAGAUAGGCCAGGGGCCAAACCUACCGACCCAAAAAUGUUGGACGACGUAAAAAUCACAGCAAUCGCCAAAAAGUACAACAAAACUCCCGCACAAGUAGUAUUAAAAUACCAAGUACAAAGAGGUAACAUCACCAUUCCAAAGUCGGUCACCAAAAGCAGAAUCAUCGAGAACUUCGAUAUCUGGAACUUCGACCUCACCAAGGAUGACAUUGCUUUAAUCGAUACUUUCGAUUGCAACGGCAGAUUUUGCGCUUAUGUAGAUGCGUAUGAGCACAAAGAUCACCCUUUCAUCAAUGAUGAAUAUUAAAUAAAUUCUUACACAAAAUUUAAUUUAAAUUAAAUUGUUACUUUAAUAAUGUUUUAUAUGUUUUAAAUAUAUAAUAAUAACAA